CGGCCCCCGGGGGUCUCACGCGCCUCGCGGAUGGCUGCGCAGUGGCCUUAGACCUGCCCUACCCCUAAAGGCGUGCGCGGCGGGGAUCGCAACAGGGACCUGCGGACAGCAGCUUGGGGGGCGGUGCGCACACGGGACCUGCGUACUGCAUCUUGGGGGGCGCACUGGGCACCUGCUGGGAGCCAAGACCCACUGGGGACCUGCGGACCGCGCCCGGGGGACGGGGUGCGGUCGCGCUCACGACUUGGUCUCUGCAGGCUGUGUGCGCCAGGGGUUGGGCGAAGCGUGGCGGGAGGGCGAGGCAAGGGAAGGAGGGCGUGAGAAAGGAGGCGGCGGCGGCGCGGAGGAGGGUUAUCUAUACAUUUAAAAACGAGCCGCCUGCGCCGCGCGGGGAAGACCUGGGGAGCGUCCGACAGCACGCGCGAGUCACGAGCGCCCCACGCUCCCCGGUGCGCACUCCCCGCCACCUCUCGGCCUCCUGCGCCUGGCUGUCCCGGGACCCCAGACGACCUGGGACCACGUACCCUGGGCAGCGCAGUGCCGGAUGGUUGUUGAGGCUUGACCGUCGUUCCUCCGCCCUCGGCUACUCGCCCCACACCGUCCUGCGGCGCGCAGGGACUCGGAGGAGGCGCGGGACGAGUGGAUGCGGGCGCGAUGGACAGCGGCGCGCUCCCCCGGCCCGCGCCCCCUGCGCCUGGCGUCUCGGGCUGCUGCCCCGCUCGGCGGCGAGCGGAGUCCCCAGAGCUGCUGCGCUGCAGCCGCCGGCGGCGGCCAGGCUCGGUGGAGACCGGGAGUGGAGCGGCGGCCGUGGCGCGGCGCAAUGAGCGCGAGCGCAACCGCGUGAAGCUGGUGAACUUGGGGUUCCAGGCGCUGCGGCAGCACGUGCCUCACGGCGGCGCCAGCAAGAAGCUGAGCAAGGUGGAGACGCUGCGCUCGGCGGUGGAGUACAUCCGCGCGCUGCAGCGCCUGCUGGCUGAGCACGAUGCCGUGCGCGCCGCGCUGGCCGGGGGGCUGCUGGCGCCAGCCGCGCGCCACCCCCUGCCCCGCGGGCCACCCGGGACCCCCGUCGACGCCGCCUCGCCCUCCUGCGCCUCGUCUUCCCCGGGCCGCGGGCACAGCUCGGAGCCCGGCUCCCCGCGCUCCGCUUACUCGUCGGACGACAGCGGCUGUGAGGGCGCGCUGAGCCCCGCGGAGCGCGAGCUGCUCGACUUCUCCAGCUGGUUAGGGGGCUACUGAGCACCCGGCCCCGCGAGCGGCUGCGAGCGCGCCCACCACUUGGGAGCCAGCGCCUUGGAACGGCUCGCGCCUUCGUCCCCGUCGUCCCGCGGGCCAAGCCACCCACGAGCCGGGGAUCCCGCCGACGCUCCCCGGCCGUGCAGCCUGACCAAGGGCCAGUGUGGAAGCGGUCCAGCCAGACCGCAUCCGGGCGGCAGCUUCCUCGGACCCCCUGCUCCCAGAGGCCUGCCACUGGAAAGGGGCUGAGGCGCCAACACUUGGAGGUUUGAAGGGGACAGGAUUUUAUGACGACACAUAUCAUUUAUUUUUUACGCAUGAACUUGAACUGCCCAGGGACACUGGUAGUGUGAACACUUAUUUUUGUACAAAGAAUCCUUAGAUUUGGAACACAAUAAAGAUUGUCUACUCCC